AUGACAGAGUCUGGGUCAAAUUCACCCCGGAAUGAAUCCAAGUCAAGCCUUGUUGAACCUGAGCUUUUUGGGCUGUAUAAGGAUAUUAAUAAGGACAACGAAGACAACAGUAUUUAUGAUGAAUUGAAUGACAAUAUCAGCAAACACACAUCACAUGUGGACGACUAUGAUACGGUCGUCGGACAUCAGCCAAAACCACCCAUUUACAUUCAGUUAGCAAAAUUGGCCUAUCAUUUGCUGAUCAUUGGAGUUUUGGGUAACGUUUUCAUCAAAGUAUCUGAACAUACUCAUGAUAAUAGAGGAAUACUGCCGGACUUGACUAAUUUCAAGUUAUUUUUUAUUUUUAAGAACAUCAUUAAGUCUGUGGCCCAUAAGUUCCAUUUCCGUUUCGAAAGCAACGAAAUAUUUGAUGAGUACUCGUACUACAUCAGUAAUGCCACUGAAGGUAUCAUAUUGGCAGUGCUUCCUAUUUUUAUCGAACGUGCUUUAGGGUUUAGUUCAAAAAACUCUAAUAAAUCGAGAGGAAGCAAUGACCUGGGUCUAAUUAUGCGGGCUUCGGUUUCUCUGGUUGGAAUCUGUUUUGGAUUGCGUAAGUUGGAGUGGACGUCAGCAUUUCAGGCAUCGUUGGCGUGGUCACUUCUGAAUCCAUGUCUUUGGCUACUACUUGACGGCACCCUUGGAGGAUUUUUGACGUCAACCAUAAUAUCUUUGGUCUCCAUCAUUCUUUCAAUUGCAGUAGGCUUUGAUGACACAAUUCCCAAGGAUUACAGCUUCAUUCAUUCUCAUGACACCGAAGCGUAUGCCCGAGUGCUUUGGGUUGGGUCCUUCGUAUUUCUUGCAAGUAUUAUUUUUGGGAAAUUGGGUAGAUACUUCUUCCAAUAA